GCACUUCCAUGGGAAAGCAGCCAGGAUCGACUCCCGAGGAAUAUUGAAAAGAUUGAAACUUAUUUGAGGCGGAGGGAGGAGAGGCUGGGGGCAGGGGGGUGCCAGGACCACAACUCCCGGCAGCCUUUGCGGGCGAUCAGCUGGCCGGGAGGGCGGGGCCAGCCGGGGCUUCUGCUCAACUGCCUGCCGGAGCGCCGCAGCCGCGAUCUCGGGCGCGGGCGAGGAAGAAGAAGAAGAAGCGGGGCGGGGGUCGCCAUGGGGCCGCGGGGGACCCUUCUGCCCGCCGCGCGGAAGCCCCGGACCCCCCUGCCGAGGGGCGCCUGCUGAGAUGCCCGGGCGGGCGACGGGGCAGCAGCUUCCCUCCGGCUUCGGAGCCAGCAGCGGGCGGCGGGAUGGCCUCCCCCUCCGGGCAGGGGUCUCCGGGCGCCGCCGGGCUGCUGCGAGGGACUCGGACGCGCUCCUACGGCAGCCUGGUCAGCUCCCCGGUGCGCGAACGGCGGAUGGAGCACCAGCUGCGUCCCGGGGAUACCCUGCAGGGCCUGGCCGUCAUACGGAGCAGAUCAAGCGGGCCAACCGGCUGUACACCAAUGACUCCAUCUUCCUCAAAAAGAAUCUCUUGAUCCCGGUGCCGACCAAGCCCAAAGCUUUGUCCAACGGACUGAACUUUGAGGAAGAGGAGGAGGAGGAGGAAGAGAAGGCAGGGGAGGCCCUCCCAUCCGAAUCAACCAAGAAGCAGAAGCAGCCCCGGAAGAACGGCUCUUCGGGGGGAUCGGUCCCCAAACACGACCUCUCGGCUGCCGAUUUCCUCUUCAAACUGGAUUCCGAGAUCCGCCGAUCGAAGCAAGCGGCGGUCAAGAAGCUGCGCGAAGGGGAGAGUGGGAUUUUGGGGGAGGCAGCGGGAGUGAGCCCCACGCCUUCCACCUCCGGCUCCUACCAGGGUGAGUCUUCGCCCCGGAGCCAGCAGCGGGUGGUCCUUGGCCCCGUGCCUCUCACCAGGAUCGCCCGUGCCGACGCUCUGCUGGACCAGGAGGACGAAAUCUUCAAGCUCUGAGGCCCCCCCCCCCCCGAGGCCGCCGGCAUCACCCGGACCCCCGCCGUGCUACGGGGAGGAACGGAUGCUGCCCGAAUGGACCCCUGGAGCAGCGGAUCCCUCCUCGCCAGCUCUGGCUCCAGUUCUGCUUUCCUUGGACACCCCCUGCCAGUCGGCCAGGACGAUGGACACCUGAGUGGAUCCCUUGCUUCAUUUCAGCCCCCCCCCCAUCCCUGCCUCUCUCCCUCUUCCAGGUAUUUAUUGCCCCCUCCCCGGUAUUAUUGCCUCAAGUGCUUCUUUGCCCAGUAGCUCCACCUUGGGGGGAAGAGCCCCACACCUGCGCCUCCUCCGUCUGCCCUCCCAAGCUGGGUUUGGGCCCAUCCCGAGGACCCCAGAGGGAAGAUUCCUGGAAGAGCUGUGGAGUAUGGGCCAGAGGGGAGGCUACUGAGCAGCCCUUCCCUCCCCCCCACCCACACUCCGUCUUCUGUGGCCCCUAUUCUCUGAUUAAACAGGUUUUGCGA